AUGUCUGGUCAAUCAAGUCUUGCUUAUCCCGAAAUGGCAGAUUUAUUCAACCGAAAUGAUAAGUGGGCAGAAGGAGUACGAAAACGUGAUCCUACUUUCUUUCCAAAACAUUUCCCAGGUCAAAGACCCGAAAUCCUCUGGAUCGGCUGUUCUGAUGCUCGUGUACCUGAAACUACUAUAAUGGGAUGUCAACCAGGGGAUGUAUUCGUCCAUCGAAACAUCGCAAAUUUAUAUUCCCCUCAAGAUGAUUCUCUCAACGCAGUGAUGAUGAUCGCUUUGCAGAACUUCAAGGUAAAACACAUCGUGAUCACUGGACAUACGAAUUGCGUAGGAUGUACAACAGCAUUAAACGUAUCGAGACUCCCUUUAACUCCAGCCACCACUUCUCUUCAACGGUAUAUUCAACCAUUGGCGACUUUAUCUCGAACACUCUUUACUGCAGAUGGUCCCCCUACAUUAGAUUUAUUAGUCGAGGAAAAUGUACUGCAGCAAGUCAAAAAUCUAUCUGAAUGCGAUGUCGUUAAAAACGAUUGGAAUAAAAGAGGUACCGAUGGUGUCAGAAUUCAUGGAUGGGUUUAUCAUCUUGAAAAUGGCACAAUUCGAGAUCUUGAUUGCUCCAUCGGUCCACCUGGCCAUGUUCCAGGUCAACGAAUGGUCAAGAACUACUUCUGA